AUGGCAUACCGUGAGAAACUGCCAGCGCUGAACGCAGCCAACAUUCGGAUCCAAAAAGGCGGCAACGAAGAUAACAAAUUCAAUACUGUCAAUUUCACCGUCCAGUUGCCUUUUAAUUAUCGCGAGAUAUUUGAUCAGGAGUAUUGGAGAGAUCUCAAAAGAUUUGAUAACGGCGAAAAAGGCAACGGCACAUAUUUGCAUCUCCAGGGCCAAUUAGAAGAGCGCUUGGAUGACAAUUACUGGAAGAACGAAACUUCUGAAAAUAUGGAGACCCGUCGCAACUCCUGGCAGGGCAAUAACAAUCAAGUGGUUGUCGGUUUUACACUUGCUUACGGAAAUCGCAGAAAUCCGCUUACUAAAGAAAUGGUAGCGCAGAACAAUUUUUCUGCACUUCGAGAUCCCAACCAGAAGAUCAUGGUGUAUAAUUGCGGGGGACCCGGCACAGGGACUCAUCCAAUCAAUCAAGGAUGGUUCCAAAAUUUCGUUGAGAACGGGUAUUACGUGUUGUUUCCCAAUUAUCGCGGUUGCCCUUGCAACCUUGACAUCGAAUCAUGGGAGCCGAAACCAACAAUAUUUAACGAAGAUGUUUGGAAUAGCUGGAAAAGUUCUAGAAGGGAGCAAGCAUCCGGUCAAAUCUUUAACUUGUCGAUCAGAAACAUUGCCCGAGACAUAGAGACUGUGCGACGUCAUCUAUUGGGUGAGAAGAAAUGGACAGUCCAAUGUCAAUCAUUCGGUGGAUCUAUCUCGAUGUGCCUCCAAUCCUUUUAUGCCGAGGGCAUUGAAGAGGUACAAUACUGCGCGGCCAUGAUUCCUAUCAAUCGCAGCGCCUACGAAGUUAAUAUGGAAUUGUUUAAAGUCGUCAUUGCCCGCAACGAACAAUUCUUCAACAAAUAUACCAAUGAUAAAAAGAAAACCAAAGAGAUCGUUGAUUAUCUCGCGAAAUACGAUCUCAAGGCUCCAUCUGAAGGCAAACUCACACCAAAGCGAUUUCUUUGCCUAGGACGCGCGCUAGGAAAUACCACAAAGUUCGAGGCACUACAUAACGUAAUCGAAAGCAUGCAUACUGCCAUUCAAACAGGGUCUUCCCAGUCGAGCCCAGAGUGGAAAGAGGCUUUAAAGCAAUAUGAAAAAUUGGAUGAAAAAGGUUGGAAAAACGGCAAGAGGCCACUAUAUCCCUUACUCACUGAGCUACAGUACCCUACACUGUUGCCGCAGAAACCUGACUGGGGGGCUGAAAGAGCAGCAGCGAACUAUAAGGAAUUUUGGUGGGUUUCGAAGACAAACAGGGAAAUAAUCGAGGAGCUUCAGAAAGACAAGAACAAGCCAUUGGCAUUUUCGGGUGAGAUGGUUUAUAAGUCCUUCUACGAAGACUACCCCAGCCUUCAACCUUUUAAACAGUUGGCAGCCGAUCUAGAGGAGAAGCUUGUUCUACCGGAGCCUACGUACGAUGUUAAGGCGCUUAAGCGGAACCAAAUUCCCACUAAAGUCUACAUCCCGACGAAGGACAUGCAUGUGAGCUUGAAGUACUCCAGGGAGAACCUCACAAGUUUCCGAACGAUUAUCCAGCGCUUGGAAGACGACGAAGCCGAACAUGGCGCUAUAAGGCAUAAACCCAAGAAGGCUUUGGAUUAUUUUAUGUUCGGACUAAGAGAAUAG